AUGCUCACUAAAAUUCCGAGCGAGAUUCUGCUUCAAAUCAUACCUUUCCUUACCCCACCUGACUACACUCGGUUGGUUCUUGUUUGCAAGGCAUGGUACACUAUGUUUAUUACGCAUCUCUAUCACCACGUCUCACUCCCUCUCAAUGAAUAUGAUUAUCUUGGUACAGACUAUGGAAUGAUGCCCGAAUCACUUCUUCCUGUGCGUCGAUUCACCCAACUGAUAAUUCCAAAUCCUUCCCUUGCUCCAUUGAUUCGAUCCCUGGAGCUUUAUCCUAGCGACUGUAAGGAAGGGAAAUGGGAACAACUGCCCCGCUUGGAGUCUUUGCCUGAAGAAAAAUAUCGCCACUUUAUGUUACCCUACGGGGAGUCUAAACGCAAAUACCGCCGCAAAUUCUUCGCUUGGCGCAGAGACCUCAAGGAAUAUUCUGAGCGAAUGGAUUUUCAUCGGGCGCUCCACCAUUAUGAAAAUGCCUGGCUGGCAUUGUUGCUAGUCCAGCUACGGAAUCUUGAGAAGCUCGGGAUUGCCCUCCCGGAAGAGGUAUGGAUAGGAGGAUAUGAGGACGGACCGUUUCCACCUAGGCGUUCACCUCAUUUUGAGCGGGUUAUUGCGUGGGCCAGUCAUCCUAAGUUGGGGGUUUUGACCAAGCUCAGGCAUAUCUCACUAACAAACGGGCCUUGCAUCUGGGAAUCCAGGUUAUCGGUGGAUGCGGUACCCCUGACCCGAUUACUCCCCUUUCUUCGAAUUCCUUCUUUGCGAAAGCUAUACGUCUCAAAUCCUUGUGACCGAUCUCCACUCAGCAUACCAAAGGAUCUCUCCACCAUAUCACUCACCCAUUUGGAUUUUGAAUGCCCUGAUAGAGCAUUGCCAAGCCUCCCUCAUCUUCUCAAAAGAUGCUCUGCGCUCAUGUCAUUUACACUACAGCAACAGGGCUGGCAUGAAUAUGAAACUCGGUACUGGCAAGACCUACCUCAGCUAUACCAGUCUCUGCAAAGUUCGCGUUUCUCGCUCCGGCAUCUGAGUUUGACCUUCAGUGAUUGGAACGUCAGGCAAGAUGCAAAGACCCCCACGCCGGUCUUUUUUGGACCUCUCUCGGACUUCCUUCGGUUAGAGACCGUUUGUAUGCGGUGGGGUAAUCUCUUGCAAUUUACUGAAGAUGGAACCAUGAAGCCGGUAGCGCCGCUCUGGCAACUUCUCCCAUGCUCGCUCAAUCACUUGCUCAUCGAUCAUUGCCUCCUUCAGUGCUCAUCCGCAUUGUACACCGAACUGACGACUCUGAUAACACACUGCCCCAUGCAUAUACCCUCCUUGCGGAAGCUGUAUCUCCGAUUUGCGUCAAGGGAGCAAGACCCGUCAACGUCCGUGGACGGCAUACGCGCGAAAAUCAUGGCACCAGAUCCUGCUACUCAUGACAGACUACUUGCGUUACGGCCUGAUUUUGAUUCAUUGAAUGUAGAUUUUCGGAUAUUCCAAGGGGAUGAGAAUGUCCCCUUCGGCCCAGAGUAUUACAUUAGGAAGAAAUGGCCGUGUGGAUACCUUGGACGGUUAAGCGGUCUUUGA